GCGGAAAAAGUUUCUCAUCCAAAAUGCAAAAAGUUACAUGGGAAGAAGUUGGAGCUGCUCCAAACGCUAUUCUGUCGCCAGCUUACAAGAGCAAUGGCCAUGUGUUCACCUCUGGAAGCGUUGGCUUCGCUCCAGACGGCACCGUUCCUGAGGACGUUACGGUGCAGACCAAGUACGCCAUUGAGGCCCUGGAGAAGGUGCUCAAGACUUCUGGCUCGUCGCUCGACAAGGUGCUGAAGGUGCUGCUGUUUAUUGCCGACCCGAUUGAUGCUCCAGCGGUCAAUGCCGUCUACAAGGAGUACUUCAAGCACCAGCCAGCCAGAUCGUGUGUUGUUGUCAAAUUCCCAGACGCCAGGCUCAAGGUUGAGCUGGAAUGUGUUGCUGUGUACGAGUAAGUAUAAUAGCCAGCUUCGGAGUGCCUAGACGGGUUCUUCUUUUGGACGAAAUAGUAGCAAACUUAUCGAUCUAUCGGAUUUCCCAAUUAGGAAAUAUGCGCGCUUGAUUGAUUCGAAAAACUGGAAAACCCGUCCGAAACGCAUACUAAAAUACAGCUAGAUACGGC